AUGCAUUUAUUUAGUAGAACGGAAUAUGAUUUAUCAGGACUGAAGAUAGAAACAGUAAAUAAUUUAGGGCAAGCAACUACAAUGUUAGGAAUGCUCAAAUAUUCAAAUAACUUACAAUUAGCAGAAGGAUUAAAUCAACUAUGGUACAAAGAUAAUGCAGCAGAUGCAAAUUUGACUACUAAUGUCGGAUUUGCAACAAGGCAAUCUUACAUUAUUCAGAAACCUUAUAAUAAAGGUACAUUUUCAUUUACUAUACCUUUAAAAUUUGCUACAGCAGCCGCAGGAAAAGUAAAUCUUACAAAAGUGUCAUUAUGGAUGCCUUAUAUCACACCAUCAGAUACAGAGAGACUUAAUCUUAAUAGUGUUAUUAGAGAAAAAGUAACAAUUCCAGUAGCUUUUUAUUCUAGAUCGUGUGAAACUACAACUCCUCAACAAACAACUAAAAUGACUUGGAAACUUGGUGUUAAAAGUGAUGAAAAACCUAUUAUAUUAUCGUAG